AUGGGUUUAUCUAAAUCUUUAUACAAGAAGCUACUUAUAGAUUUUCCAACUAAGGCUCUCAGUGAAAACAGUAAUCAGCAAGUUAAGAAUCUUUCACCACUUGUUACAAACUUCGAAAAAUGGUCCGAUAAACGCAGAAAGCUUUAUUUCGAGGAUGAAGAGGAAAUGGUAGUGCAAAAUCAUUUAGAAAAUUUUGAUUUAGAAAACAAUGUAUACGGCAGGAUUUUAGCUUCCCCAAUGAGAGCAGAAAAAAUCUCGAAAUUAAAAUCUUGUAGAAAGCUACUAAUUCCAUUAAAAGUAGUACCAUCAGUUGAUAGAGAUCAGCAUUCUGAAAACAGCAAACUAAAGCUAGUACCUAUAUUAGACUACUCUAAACCGUACAAAAGUUCAUACAUAUUGAACUCAGCAUCAAUUGUGUGCGACAACUUGGCGGCUGCGACGUCUUGGUUUCCGCUCUCGAUAUUACAAAGGUCAACAGCGAAAAGUCUGGUGGUAGAUACUUCUACAUUUUUCACAGAAUAUAACGCUCACUCACUCGAGUUUGUAAGAACGAGACUUUCAGAAGUGCUGACUUGUGAAAAUUCUUCAAGAAACCGUGUUUUACUUACUUACAACGAAAGAAAGACGUCGCCAAUUGAAAUACAAGAACUUAAAGAUAAUGACGGGACCUCAAUUAAGCAGUCCGUUUUCAACCUUGGCUGUCUCCAGGUACCAACAUUAGAAGCUAUCAUAAAUAAAGAUAGAGUGACUAGGGGAAUUUAUUUAGAUGCAUACCAUCACAAGGACCUUAUUGAACAUAUUUACAGUGCGCUAUUGUUUUCAACCAGGUAA